UGUGUGGAAUGAGUGGCGGGGCAGACACAGAAGGCGGGAAACAUGAGGAGCCAGACCUGGAAGACGGAGGUAAAGAGACAACGAGCUACCCUGAUAUGGCCAAAGGAGAGGGUGGUGAACAAUACUCCAACGCCAGUUUAUUGAAUAAACCGGUCAGCCCGGAUGGCAUCAAACUCGCCAGAAAGCAUGAGCAUCAUGACAAGUUGUCAAUCUGCAGCAAACUGUGCUAUGCAAUCGGUGGAGCUCCCUACCAGAUCACAGGAUGUGCCUUGGGCUUUUUUCUGCAGAUCUAUCUUCUUGAUGUAGCUCAGCUGGAUCCCUUCUACGCCUCCAUCAUCUUGUUUGUGGGCCGAGCAUGGGACGCCAUAACAGACCCCACAGUGGGGUUCCUGGUCUCCAGAAGUCCAUGGACCCGCUUUGGACGCAUGCUACCCUGGAUCGUGCUCUCUACCCCUCUGGCUGUGCUUUCCUAUUUCCUCAUAUGGUACGUUCCCCCCUUUGAGGAUGGCAAAGUCAUCUGGUACCUCUUCUUCUACUGCAUAUUCCAGACGCUACAGACUUGCUUCCAUGUGCCGUACUCUGCACUCACAAUGUUCAUCAGCUCAGAGCAGAAAGAAAGAGACUCAGCCACAGCCUACAGGAUGACAGUGGAGGUUUUGGGCACUGUUGUUGGCACAGCCAUCCAGGGCCAGAUUGUCGGGAUGGCGAAUGCACCCUGCCUCCCGGGACCUGGGGACAUCGUCGAAGACCUGAGCAACGGCACACACUUAGUCGGACUCAACAACACAGAGCCAGUUAUUUCUCUAGAGCACACGAGAACCGCAUACAUGAUUGCUUCUGGUGUCAUCUGCUCGAUCUAUGUCCUCUGUGCCAUCGUUCUUUUCUUCGGUGUGAGAGAGAAGAAAGAGUCGUGUCGUCCCAGAUCGGAGCCCAUGUCUUUCUUUCAGGGGAUUAAGCUGGUGAUGGGGCAUGGACCGUACGCCAAACUGGUCAUGGUCUUCCUCUUCACCUCACUAGCUUUCAUGCUCCUGGAGGGAAACUUUGCCCUUUUCUGCAGCUCCACACUGGGCUUCAGAAACGACUUCCAGAACAUUCUGCUCAUCAUCAUGCUCUCUGCUACUCUGGCGAUCCCCUUCUGGCAGUGGUUUCUGACUCGCUUUGGGAAGAAGACAGCGGUUUACACCGGCACCUUGUCUGUGGUUCCCUUCAUGAUCCUGGUGGUUUGUCUGAAGAGUAACCUGAUUGUCACCUACAUCGUGUCCUUCGCUGCCGGGGUGGGAGUGGCUGCAGCCUUCCUGCUGCCCUGGUCCAUGCUGCCUGAUGUUGUCGAUGAUUUCCAAGUGCAGAACCCUGACUCCACCGGCCACGAAGCCCUCUUCUACUCCUUCUACGUCUUCUUCACCAAGUUUGCCUCUGGAGUCUCUCUCGGCAUCUCCACCCUCAGUUUAGAUUUUGCAGGAUACAUCAGCAGAGGCUGCAGCCAGCCACAGGCAGUGGAUGUGACCUUAAAACUGCUGGUUUCCGCCGCCCCCGUAGCUCUCAUCAUAAUCGGCCUGGGCAUAUUGUACUCAUAUCCAAUCGAUGAGGAGAGGAGGCAAGGCAACAGAAAGCUGCUUCAGGAGCAGAGGGAAAACGAGGCAGAUUCAGAAACAGACUCCACAGAACUGACCAACAUGGUCUGAGCACCUUUCAGAGACUCAACCACCAAUCGGGUGAUCGAUUGGCAUUUUUUGCACUCGGCGGGACCAACAGAUCUGAACCUGAUGGAUCAUGUAGACACUGCCUUGUCCAAUCACAUUGCUGCUGUUUCGACUCUAUAAAUUUGACUUCAGAAGAGUUUUCUGGCAUGAGUUUCACUCUCCUGCUUCUUCAGUAAGAUCUCAAAAGCCUUACUUUUUUAGUAAAACAUAACACUUUUGAGUACUGCCAGGAAAUGUUUUCUUAAAGUGUGAUCUUGCUCUAGGUUGAAAAGUGCACAAAAACCAUGAAAUGUGAUGGGAGCAUGUCUUGCCAGUUCUGCCAUCAUUCAUUAUUGGUGCUACUUGCUGCAGCGGGACAGUUUCCAUCCUCAUACACACCACAGUGAGCAUUAAUGACCUUCAGCACUGCGUUAAAAAUCAACUUCAUAGAUGUGAGCAUUGUGAGAAACUUGAACAAACAGUGACGCCGCCUUAUUUUCAGCCUCGUUUUGGGGUUCAGAACGGACACUUGUGCCGGUCACUUGCUCUCGAGUCAUUGACUUGGUGUGUGUUUUGAACAAUUUAAAUGUUUUCUUGAGUUGUUAAUCCUUGUAGUUUACGUAAACCCGUCAGCCAGUAAGUCUCUAUCCCCUUCCUUUCCCACUGGCUUUUUUUUCUUUCUCCAAGGAAGCUGAAAUAAUGUGAUGUUUGAUCUUGUAGCGGGACAGCGACAGCUUUGCUCUAAAGGGCUCCUUUUACUCUCCCACCAAAGUACUGAAACCACUACAAUAGUAGCAGUUAGUUUGCACACGGAACUGCAAUGUUUAUCCAGCAAUGACAUUAUUUAUAGGACAGCUACUGGUCACGGGGAACUUUUUCUUCCACAUGCUUUAAUUUCCUUAAUAUCGAGCUAAACAGUGACUACACAGGUACUAAUCUAGUUCUAUCACUGUUUAAAUAUUUAUUAGAUUUGAUUUUACUGUUUUCCUGUAUUUGUGUUUGCUGGAAAGUUUUGCUUUUUGCCAUAUUUAUAUCUAUUUAAGGCCUGUAAGGUCUUGAACUGCAGGUGUCAAUAUAAGGAAGCGGGGACUCCGAUUUUCAACUUUUCACACACCUUUUAAUGCCAUCCUUACCGUCUUUACUGCAUAUGCAUUCAUAAAGGGAAGCACAUAAUCGUGAAGAAAAAAUGAUUGAAAGAUUGGGAAGUAAACUCGUUGCAGUCCCUCUUGGGUGUCUUUUUGAAUGUUUAUUUUUUUGUAUAUACAUGUGUAUGUUUAUUGAAGGAACAACAAAGAUGCUUUGUGAUCGUUUCAAUCCCCAUCAUGAAAGUGUGGAUUGACAUUUUUCAUAUCUGUUGAUAUGGAAAUGUGUACAUACAGUCAUAUGUUAUACAUACUCUUACAUCUUCGACAUGUUGUUUCUGACAACUCAGUUGCCGAUGUGAAAUUGUUAUUUCAUUUACAUGCUCUUUAAUUCUUGCAUACCCCUCCUAGAGGAUACUGUACAUACCAUCAUGGUGCCAUUUUCAUUCACUUUGCCUGUAAUGAACCUUAUCCAUCUCAUCAUGUCUUAUCUGGUCUUUUACCUACCUGUCAGUAUACUUCUCUCAUGACUCUUGAGGCUGUAGCCAAAUGUGUGAGCUUUAAUCCCACGGGGACACACAGAAGCCUUGUGUACAUGCCUCCUGUUCAUAUGUAUAUAUUGUAUGUAAACUUGUACAUAUCUUUGAUAUUUGUGGCUGCAAGUGAAACGACCCCAUGUACACUGUAUUGUAAUUUAAGAAAGAAACGCUGAGAUUGAGAAAGGUUGUUAAUAAAUACUAA